GGUCUCGUGUCCCAGUCGUUAACCGGAUCAGGGUCGGUGAUGUGGACCGGCGCGGGGCUCAGAUGCUGCGGACUCAGCUGUGUGUCCCUGAUGGUGACGGUGGUGUGGGGGGCUCAGAGCGCCAACGAACCCAGUAACAUGUCCUAUGUCAAAGCCACCGUGGACAAACUGCUGAAAGGAUAUGACAUCAGACUGAGGCCGGACUUUGGAGGGGCUCCUGUAGACGUCGGUAUGAGUAUAGACAUCGCCAGCAUUGACAUGGUGUCUGAAGUCAACAUGGACUACACCAUCACCAUGUACUUCCAACAGUCCUGGAGGGACAAACGUCUGUCCUACACCGGCAUCCCCCUCAACCUGACCCUGGACAACCGGGUAGCGGACCAGCUGUGGGUUCCUGACACUUACUUCAUUAAUGACAAGAAGUCGUUUGUCCACGGGGUGACGGUGAAGAACCGCAUGAUCCGACUGCAUCCAGACGGAACGGUGCUCUACGGUUUAAGGAUCACCACGACCGCUGCCUGCAUGAUGGACCUGAGACGAUACCCCCUGGACGAGCAGAACUGCACCCUGGAGAUAGAGAGCUAUGGAUACACCACAGAUGACAUCGAGUUCUACUGGCAGGGAGGAAGUAACGCAGGUUCUGUCACUGGCGUGGAGAACAUCGAGCUGCCGCAGUUCUCCAUCAUCGACUACCAAACACUGUCCAAGAAGGCGGUGUUUGCCACAGGUUCUUAUCCUCGUCUGUCUCUGAGCUUCAAGUUGAAGAGGAACAUUGGAUAUUUCAUCCUGCAGACAUACAUGCCUUCCAUCCUGAUCACCAUCCUGUCCUGGGUCUCCUUCUGGAUCAACUACGACGCCUCAGCCGCCAGAGUCGCAUUAGGUAUAACCACUGUACUGACCAUGACUACCAUCAACACCCACCUGAGGGAGACUCUGCCUAAGAUUCCUUAUGUGAAGGCCAUAGACAUUUACCUGAUGGGCUGUUUCGUCUUCGUCUUCCUGGCUCUGCUGGAGUACGCCUUCGUAAACUACAUUUUCUUCGGUCGAGGUCCGCACCUGCAGAAGAAAGUGGCAGAAAAGGCAGCGAAGGCCAACAACCAGAACAAGAGCAGACUGGAGGGAAACAAAGUCCAGGUGGACACUCAUGGAAACAUCCUGCUGACCAACCUGACCAGUGACAUGGCCGGAGCGGACCUGAUGGGCGCGCUCAGUGACCCCAGAGCCACCAUGUUCUCCUACGACAGCGCCAGCAUACAGUACCGCAAACCCCUGACCGGCCGAGACCUGUACGGACGCCCGGCCGUGGACCGGCCGACGGGACACAAGAAGAGCCGUCUGAGGAGGAGGGCGUCGCAGCUCAAAGUCAAGAUCCCAGACCUGACCGACGUCAACGCCAUCGACAAGUGGUCCAGGGUGGUCUUCCCCAUCACAUUCACCUUCUUCAACCUGGUCUACUGGCUUUACUAUGUCCACUAGAGUCUGGGUCCACUACAGUCUGGGUCCGGCCUUUAUUAGGUCCACUAGAGUCUGGAUCGUCUUUUGAAACUUAACUCAGUCUUGUACAGUGACAGUUCUGUCGACUUUGGGCUCAU